AUUGUAUGAGGAGAGGAGCAAGAUUAGAGUGUGUGAACCGAAAGAAAAUCAAGUAUUUUAUGAGUUGCGUGUAAGUCAAACUUUUUGUAUAAUUUUCCCGACAUCCAUUGCAGCCCAAACAGCACCUCAUCUCCAUCUCAUCUCUUUCCUCUCUAACUUGUCUUCUUUUCUCUCUUUUUUUUGAUAAUUCCCCUAAUUAGCUUGUACCUCCACAUCUUCUGUAUAUAUAUUUCCUCUCUUUCUCCUAUAAAUAAAUUCCUCCCUCCUCUCUCUCUCUCUCUGUCUCAUCAUCAUCAUCAGCUAAUUCUUCAUUAAUGGAUCAGUUGGGCAGCAUUCUUGAGUUCUUGGAAAACAGCUCCAUUCUUGUCACUGGUGCCACUGGAUUUCUAGCAAAGAUUUUUAUAGAGAAGAUAUUGAGAGUACAACCAGAUGUGAAGAAGCUUUAUCUUCUGUUGAGGGCUGCAGACGACAACUCAGCGAUGCUACGUUUCAACACUGAGGUUAUAGCAAAGGAUUUGUUUAGGGUUUUGAAAGAGAAACAUGGUGGAAAUUUGAGUUGUCUUCUCUCAGAAAAAGUUAGGGCUGUGGCUGGAGAUAUCACCUCUGAGAAUUUGGGAGUGAAGGAUCCUGAUUUGCUGCAGGAGAUGUGGAAACAAGUUGAUGUUGUUCUUCAUUUAGCUGCAACCACCAAAUUUGAUGAAAGAUACGAUGUGGCACUUGCAAUAAAUACUCUGGGAGCGAGGCAUGUUUUGAAUUUCUCCAAAAAAUGUGACAAAUUAAAGGUGUUUGUUCACGUAUCAACUGCGUACGUGUCCGGUGAAAAGGAGGGCCUCAUCCUGGAAACCCCCUAUAAGUUGGGGGAGACAUUGAAUGGGACUUCUGAACUGGACAUUGAUGCAGAAAAGAAGUUGGUAGAUGAGACAUUGAAACAACUAAGCGCCAAAAAUUAUUCAGAAGACUCCAUUAAAUCGGCAAUGAAAGAUUUGGGAAUUCAAAGAGCAAGGAAGUAUGGAUGGCCAAACACGUAUGUGUUCAGUAAGGCAAUGGGAGAGAUGCUGUUGGGCCACUUGAAACAAAACAUUCCUCUUGUUAUCAUACGUCCCACCAUCGUUACUAGCACUUUCAAAGACCCCUUCCCCGGUUGGGUUGAAGGUGUCAGAACUAUUGAUAGCUUAGCUGUUGGAUAUGGUAAAGGAAAAAUAACAUGUUUUCUUGGCAAUCCCCAGAGCAUAAUCGACGUGAUACCAGCAGAUAUGGUGGUGAACGCGAUAAUUGUAGCAAUGGUGGCUCAUGCGAAUCAGCCUAACGAGGACAUUAUUUACCAUAUCGGAUCGUCUGUAUCGAGCCCGGUGGAGUUCACCUGGCUUCAAGAUUAUGCGUUUCGAUACUUCACCAAUCACCCGUAUAUCGACAAACAUGGAAAGCCAGUCAUCGUAGGGAAGGUGACUGUGCUGAGCACAAUGGAAAGUUUCCAAAGAUACAUGACCAUCCACUACAUCCUACCUUUGAAGGGACUAGAAAUAUUGAACACAACAUGCUGCCAGUACUUCCAGCGCUUGUAUCUUGACCUGUCGAGAAAAGUUAAGUUGGUGAUGCGAUUGAUUGACCUUUACGGCCCAUAUUUGUUCUUCAAUGGAUACUACGAUGAUAUGAAUACAGAAAAACUGAGAAGAGCAGCAAAAGAAAGCGGAUCAGUUGAGGAUGAUAUGUUCAAUUUUGAUCCCAAAAGCAUUAACUGGGAAGAUUACUUCAUGAACACUCACAUACCUGGAAUAGUAAAAUACGUAUUCAAAUGAAUUUAUUCGCAAUGUAUAAGAGUCAUGUGAUCCUAACAUUUUCAUGUUUGCAGGGCAUUUAUCAAAAUACAGCUAAAUGCCUAGCUAAUUAGUGAUCAUCAGAUUAAUUAUUGCAUAAACUCAUGUACCAAUUAUGUAUACAUAAUUUGUGUUUCGUGUAUUCCAUGAAAGGUUUAUUUGCUAACGUGUAUUUUGGGCAAAAUGCAUCCUACCCUUUUGUGU